GAGUAUUUCAAUAGGGAAUCAAUAUUUUGUCUCGAUAUCAUUAUAUAAUACACUUAGGAGUAUUUAAAACCAUGGCUUUCGUACCUACAACGCAAUCCGAGAUCCGAGAAUGGCUUCUCAGGUUCCAUGAAUCAAAUGACUCCCUCGACGUGUCAAGACUAUCGGAUAUAUACACGGAAGAUGCGAAAGUGCAGUUUGGCAACAUGCCCCUUAUUGACGGAUUAGAUGGGCUACGCAAAUUCUUCGAAGGAACUUGGGCAAGACUAGAGAUGAUGCACCACGAAAUCGACAGUUUUGAUAUGAUAGACAAUAAGAUCUAUCAGCCAUGCCACAUAACAUGGAAAGUCAAGAAUGAUCCGGAAAAGGAGACAAUUGUGGUUCCGGCGUUUGCUUUCAUCUACUUAGAGAUAUCUGGGGAAAACAGAGGACGGGUUAAACAAGCUGCGUACUACAUGGAUGGUGCCCCGUUAACAGCGGCGCUUCAGAGGUCUUCUUAGGAUUUGUCAUAUAGGAACUCAAGAGUCUAAAGUUGCAAGAUGC